AUGAGUUCCGCGCCCCAUCUCAUGCCAGCGGUGUACGACUACCACCGAGUUAUCAGCGUAAGAGAACUCAGACGAGACUUCCCCAAGAGCGCUAUCGACGGGCUCCUGAACAAGCCUCAGCCUCCGGGCAUAUACUCGUGCCAUUACGAGUGCUGCAUUUGUUUGGGAUAUGGGAAGUUUGAGGUGGUCAAACAGGCGAUUCGUCACAGGGCGGUGGUGGACCGCAAGAAGUAUAUGGUCACUCCGUGCAAUCACAUCUUCCACGCCAAGUGCUUGAGCCUGUGGAUGAUGCGGAAGUUGAAGUGUCCCAUGUGUGAAAAGGUGUUGCCUGAAUUUGUGGUAACGGACGCUAUCGGGUCAAUGGGGAAUCCCAUCGACGUCCUUCAGUCCCUGGACUCAUCUGAAUGA